AGUCUUGCACAGGUGUACUGGCUCCUCCCCUUUAGUCUUGCACAGGUGUACCGGCUCCUCCCCUUCAGUCUUGCACAGGUGUAUCGGCUCCUCCCCUUCAGUCUUGCCCAGGUGUUCCCGCUCCUCCCCUUCAGUCCUGCACAGGUGUACUGGCUCCUCCCCUUCAGUCCUGCACAGGUGUACUGGCUCCUCCCCUUCAGUCCUGCACAGGUGUACUGGCUCCUCCCCUUCAGUCCUGCACAGGUGUACCGGCUCCUCCCCUUCAGUCUUGCACAGGUGUUCCCGCUCCUCCCCUUCAGUCUUGCACAGGUGUGCCGGCUCCUCCCCUUCAGUCUUGCACAGGUGUUCCCGCUCCUCCCCUUCAGUCUUGCACAGGUGUUCCCGCUCCUCCCCUUCAGUCUUGCACAGGUGUACCAGCUCCUCCCCUUCAGUCUUGCACAGGUGUACCAGCUCCUCCCCUUCAGUCUUGCACAGGUGUACCAGCUCCUCCCCUUCAGUCUUGCACAGGUGUACCAGCUCCUCCCCUUCAGUCUUGCACAGGUGUACCAGCUCCUCCCCUUCAGUCUU